AAUGGCCUGCAGAGGGGAUUAUACCCUUCAAAACCUAUGGCCGAGUAAUUAAAAUCAAACGAAAAUCUCAUCCCCAAAAAGUUACGCAAACCAAGAAUAUGUAAACCCUUUCAUAAUUUUAAUCCAAUCCCCAUUGUAAUCCACCGAAUUAUUUGAUCCAAACAGCACCUAAGAUUGUGGGUUCUCGUGUAUUGCUUAUAAGUCGGACCCAAAAAAACGCAGUCACAGACACAAAGACAGUUAAGAGAGAGACUAAAGAGAGAUAGAGAGAAUGUCUUGGUGUGCCGCAACGAGGUCAUUCAACAUGCCGGCGCUCAACGUGAACGCACUGCGCACCAGUGCUCCCUUCGCCGUCGGCCUAGGGUGCGUCUCGGUGGCCGGCACGAGCCUGUGGCGAUCUUCACCGUCAGCAGCAUCUUCGCUGCGAUCAAAGCCCUUCGCUUGUUUAGGCAUUUCUACUGACGCGAGGAUAAAGGAGCCUGUUCAAACAGAAAAGGCUCCCGCUGCAUUGGGACCAUAUUCUCAGGCCAUCAAAGCAAAUAAUUUUGUUUUUGUGUCUGGUGUUCUUGGUCUAAUUCCAGAGACUGGGAAGUUCAUAGCGGACAAUGUAGAGGAUCAAACUGAGCAGGUCCUUAAGAAUAUGGGGGAGAUACUUAAAGCUAGUGGUGCUACCUAUUCUUCGGUAGUUAAGACGACUAUUAUGUUGGCUGAUCUGAAAGACUUCAAGAAAGUGAAUGAAAUUUAUGCUAAAUACUUCCCAUCACCUGCACCAGCACGUGCUACAUAUCAGGUAGCAGCAUUACCAAUGGAUGCGAAGAUAGAAAUAGAGUGCAUAGCAGCACUCUAAUAACCUUUGGGUACUUAGAGUCCCAAGUUUUUUGGAAGGUGGGAUGCGGCGUCUGUGGACAUUGCUUCUGGGAUGCUGGUUUUAUUUCCGUCGAGUUUUAAAUAUAAAAAGAAGACCUGAACUACUAUUAGGAGGGAAAAUUGAUUAGUAUGUUAAUGGCUAUUAGAAAAUGGUAGCAGGGCUGCUGGAGUUCAAAACUGAUUAUGGAAGGCACUGUACUCUUCACCUAUGUUUUUUCACUUCUUGUAGUUGAUGCCUUGCUCAGGGAAACUGUGGAAUCAAAGCUUCAGUCAUUUCAGUUGCUAUGAACUGCAUGCAUUUGAACAAGGUAACAGUUGACCCAGGCUGGUCUCGACCUAACAGAUUGCGCUAACAAGAACAAUGAAAAGUAAACCUGCAUCUCCCCUCCCCAGGCUUUCGGGGAGGGGUAGGAUGGAAAUAGAAGAGGAUUGUUCUUUGGGAGAGAGAAAACAAGUGGAUUGGAUGUAGGAUAGUUUCCAUCAAAUCUUAAGAAGGGAAGUUGUGUAUUUUUUUUUUUUCGGGGGGGGGGGG